UGUGUAUGUUGUGAUAGCUUUGUUUCUAGCUAGCGAGCUUCUUCUAGUUACAUAGUCUUCUUCAUAGAUCUUAUUUUCUCUCUUAUCUUUUGUUCCUUUUUUUCUUUUUUUCUGCCUGUGGGUUUUGUCUAUUCUUCCUUUCUCCGCAGUGUUCCAAAAUCAGUGCAAUGCAUUUCUGGCAAUAGCAGCGUUCGUGAAUGCCAAAGAUCUGUCCCAAAGGCAGAGUUUUUUCUCCUUUUUUUCUUAUCUCCCUGGUCGAUGGUGUCACCACCACUUGCGAAAAGAAGGGUCUACCAGACCACCCAGUGCUACAUUCUCAAAUCUAAGCUUCUAUUCCAAAGUGGAGAUUAUUUUUGCCUCUAGCUUUGCAAGCUUGCUGGCUAUGGUGGUCGGUUAAGCUCUCCGUGUUGGUAUUAACUUGGGUCGCUGUUUGAGGUACCACUGGAAGAAACAAGAAAAAAUGGAGCCUUUGUGAGCGCGCGAGUGUGACAAUCGUAGUGGUGUGGGUGCCAAGAAGGAAGAACUAAGAACUGAGAGCUACAAAGACCCACCAUAGCCGCCCAUGCCUUCGAUCACACAGGCCCAGAUGGUGGAAUCUACGUGUGGAUCUUUGCUGCGGGAGCUCCAGCACAUAUGGGAUGAGAUUGGAGAGGAUGACACAGAGCGGGAUAGAAUGCUAAUGCAGCUGGAGCAAGAGUGUCUCGAGGUGUAUAGGAGGAAAGUAGAUCAAGCCAGCCAUGUCCGGGCAAAGCUCCGCCAAGCUCUAGCCGACUCCGAGGCCGAGCUCCAGACUCUUCACUCGGCUCUUGGAGAACAUCCAACUUUCACUCGAGGUGAGAAGAAAGCCUCUGGAACUUUGCGGGAGCAGGUUAAAGGAGUGGCUCCUCAGCUGGAGGAGCUGCGAGUGAAGAAGGACGAGCGGCUUAAGCACUUCAACGAAAUCUCGUCGCAAAUUCAGAAGAUAUCCGGCGAGAUCGUUGGCUCCGCGACUUCCCAGCUCGCAAACGGAGACAUUAAAGCGGAGUUUGAGGAUUUGUCGCAGCGGAGGCUCGAGGAGUACCAAGCCCAGCUCCAUGCACUCCAGAAAGAAAAGAGCAACAGGCUUCACAAGGUUCUCGAGUACGUGAACAGUGUGCACGACCUCUGUGCCGAGCUGGGCCUCGAGUUCUUCAAGAUCAUCACCGAAGUUCACCCGAGUUUGGAUGACUCCCACAGCGUGCAGUCGAGGAGCAUCACCAACGAGACGCUGGAUCGGCUGGCCAACACGAUCCAGUCACUCGAGGAAGAAAAGAAGCGCCGGAUCAAAAAGCUGCAAGAACUUGGGACGAAGCUCGUGGAUUUGUGGAAUCUCAUGGAGACACCAAAGGAAGAACAGCAGCUGUUUAGACACCUCACUUGCAACGUCGCGAGCUCCGAGUGUGUUCCUGGAUCUCUUGCGUUUGACAUAAUCGAAGAGGCGGAGGUGGAAGUCGAGAGGCUGGAGCGUCUCAAAGCGAGCAAGAUGAAAGAGCUGGUGAUGAGAAAGAGGCUGGAGCUCGAGGAGAUUUGCCGGCAGACUCAUAUGGAGCCGGAUAACAGCACCUCGCAAGAUAAAACCAAUGCUCUCAUCGAUUCUGGUAUGGUGGAUCCAUCGGAGCUCUUGUCAAGGAUAGAAGAACAGAUCGCCUACGCGAAAGAAGACGCUGUUAGCCGGCGAGACAUUCUUGACAAAAUCGAGAGAUGGAUGGGAGCUUGCGAGGAGGAGAGCUGGCUGGAUGACUACAACAAGGAUCAAAAUCGGUAUGCUGGUGGUAGAGGCGCUCAUCUUAAUCUCAAGCGUGCCGAGCGAGCUAGAGUCACCGUUACGAAGCUCCCUGCUCUUGUGGAGUCUUUGAUUGCAAGGACGAGGUCUUGGGAGGAAGAAAGAAGCCAACUUUUCAUGUACGACGGGGUGAGAUUACUGGCAAUGCUGGAAGAAUACAACCUCUUGAGGCACGAAAGGGAUGAAGAGAAGCGGCGAAUGAGGGAUCAAAAGAAGCUCCAAGACCAACUUCUCACCGAGCAAGAAUCCAUCUUCGGCUCCAAGCCCAGCAGCACGCCGCGAAGCAGCAGCAUCAAAAAGGCCCAGCCCCGGAGCAAUGGGAUGAUGAGUAGAAGGCUCUCCCUGGGCGGAGCUCUCCUCCAGCCCGUGAGCCCCGAGACCCCUCGCACAAAUGGGCACCGGCUAAGCACUCCGGGAGGAAACAAUCGCAGGGAUUCCAGGCCUCUCGCCACUGUCCCUCUAAAUUUUGUCGCGGUGAGCAAGGACGACAGCCACAGCUCUCAUUCCUUCCCAUCGGUUGCGAGCUCGGAUCCCAAUUCCCCGCAGUCCAAGUAGACCCGCAGUUCCCCUGUUCUUCGUUCUUCUUGGUUUUAGGGUUUAUCCUCUUGUCAGUUUUUAACUGCUUUCGGUGAAAUCUCCAUCUCGCCGGA